AAAAAAACUGCUGGGUUAAACAAGUUUGACUACCUUAAAUAGAUGUACCUCAACGAAUUAGUUCCAGAGAUACCCGGUUAAACCAGAUGUAUAUAAUCUGAUUGGAAAGAAAAAACUUUUUCGUUUUAUUUAAGGAAAAUUUUCUGUCCUUAGAGUUUUGGAAUUGUGGACACAGAAUGAACUCGUUUUUUGAACUUUCCGUGGAGUAUCUUCCUUCAUAGAUAAUAAAUAGCAGUUAAGAAUCUCUCGUUUUAGUCAUGGACUAUUGGAGCGCCACCCUCUCACAUGGCGGCAGCAACCACAAUUUGCUACGGUCCCUCUUCUAUUGUUCUAGGGUCAAAUUUACUUAAACGAAGACACUUGAAAAACACUUCGUUUGCUGAUCGUUUUUCUCCUUCAAGAUCAUUACUUUGUAGCGGAUUUGUUCCAAGGAAGCCUGCUUUGGGAAGAAACUCUUUCUGGGUAUCAAAAAUCAUGGAUGAAUCCGUGGGAACUUCUGCUUUCAGAGAUGCAAAGGGGGAUGAAACGAUCCAAGUGUUUGAACAAGAAGCUUUCAUCGAUGGCUCAUCACCGUUUCGGUUCAAGUUUUUGUCCCCUGAGGUGGAAUACAAGCUCAAUCGACUGAGCAAAUGGAUAGUAACUGCCCUCUUUGGCAGUUUCAUUCUUUGGAGGCAUGAUGCAGAAGCCUUAUGGUUUACAGCAGGGUCUGUUUUGAAUGCUAUGCUUUCUGUUUUGCUCAAACGUAUACUGAAUCAGGAACGACCUUCAACCCUGAAAUCUGACCCUGGGAUGCCAUCGUCACAUGCACAAUCAAUAUUCUUUACUGUCUUCUUUGUUAUUUUGUCAGGUGUAGAAUGGCUUGGGCUAAAUGGAUUCACCAUUGCCAUCAGUGGAUUGGUCCUAACCUUUGGUUCUUUUUUGUCGUACCUGAGGGUGGUGCAACAGCUUCAUACGGUGAGCCAAGUGGUUGUUGGAGCUGCUAUUGGGUCCAUUUCCUCUAUUUUAUGGUACUGGCUAUGGAACGGUUAUAUGAUGGAUGCAUUUGUAUCUUCUCUGUGGGUUAGAAUCAUUGUUGUUUUGGGGUCUGCGGGACUUUGCAUAGGUUUUGUUUUAUUUGUGAUUCGUCAUUGGCUUCAAGACGACUAGAACUUCAAGACGUGUACAACAUUGCAAUAAUGGCACAUCUCAUUUUGUUUCUUUCAAGGUUGAAGUCUUUAUGUUGCCUAGUAAUCAAAUGAAAAUUGUUUAGGACAAUGCUGCCUGAAGUAAUGAUAAUUUGAAUCCGACAUCAAAUUAGAUGCUUC